AUGUAUUGUGGAGCUACUGAGAUGAUCUUCUACUCUGCAGCUCUAGUUGGGGCUCUAAAUGACCGGUUGUUGCUCGCUAACCCUACAGAUAUUAAUCCCAGACAAAAGAGGGGGGUUGAGAUUAAGAGUUGUCUUGUUGGGCUUCUCGAACCUCUUCUUAUUGGUUUUGCUACCAUGCAACAAAAUUUUGAGCAGAAGCUUGACCUUUCUGAAAUAUUGUACCAAAUAACAUCAAGGUUUGACAGCCUACGUAUCACUCCUCGAUCUCUUGAUAUUUUAGCUAGAGGUCCUCCUGUUUGCGGAGAUCUUGCAGUGUCAUUAUCCCAAGCAGGUCCACAGUUCACUCAGGUUCUGCGGGGAGUCUAUGCAAUCAGGGCACUUCGUUUCUCUACUGCUUUAUCUGUUUUGAAGGAUGAAUUUGUGCGUUCUAGAGAUUAUCCAAAAUGUCCACCAACCUCUCAUUUGUUCCACCGAUUCCGCCAAUUGGGACAUGCCUGUAUCAAGUAUGGUCAGUUUGACAGUGCAAAGGAAACUUUUGAAGUCAUAGCAGACUACGAAAGCAUGCUAGACCUGUUUAUAUGCCACCUCAACCACAGUGCAAUGCGGCGUCUUGCUCAGAGGCUAGAAGAAGAAGGUGCUGAUUCAGAAUUGAGGCGAUAUUGUGAAAGGAUUUUAAGAAUCCGCUCAAGCGGUUGGACACAAGGCAUUUUUGCCAACUUUGCUGCAGAAAGUAUGGUUCCUAAAGGCCCUGAAUGGGGUGGUGGAAACUGGGAAAUCAAGACCCCUAUGACCUUGAAGAGUAUACCCCAAUGGGAGCUUGCUGCAGAAGUUAUGCCAUACAUGAAGACUGAUGAUGGUGCCAUUCCAUCAGUUAUCUCAGAUCAUAUCGGUGUUUACCUUGGUGUAAUAAAAGGAAGAGGUAACGUUAUCGAAGUAAGGGAAGGUAGCCUGGUCAUACCUGGAGCUACUGACAGUAAGCCAAAUGGAGUCCAUACUUUUAUGGAUAAAUCUAUUGAUAAAUCUGUGGGAGUUGCAGGUGGUGGAACCAAGGCUGAUUCUUUUAAGGGUCUGGAAACUUUAAUGAAACCACAUGACAGUUCCACUACCUUUGAUGAACAAGCUAAAGCUGCAGAAGAAUUUAAGAAAACAAUGUAUGGCACAACUAAUAAUGGUAGCAGCAGCGAUGAGGAGGGAGUAUCAAAAACUAAGAAGUUACAGAUCAGAAUACGAGACAAGCCGACAUCAGGCACAGUGGAUGUCAAUAAGAUUAAAGAAGCAACAAAGCGACUUGGUGAUGGCUUGGGUCUACCUAAAACUAGAACAAAAUCACUGAGUGGAGUUUUUCAGGAUCUUGGUAAGAAUCAACAGCAACCUUAUCCUGCUACCAGUGGGGCUGUGAAUAAUCCCACAAUUUCUGCCCCUGGAGAUCUCUUUGGCACUGAUGCAUGGGCACAACCUACAUUUUUAUCAAAACCAACUCCUGCGCCCACCAAAGGUGUUGGAAUUGCAGCUGGACCUAUACCGGAGGACUUUUUCCAAAACACAAUACCAUCCCUCCAGGUUGCAGCUGCUUUGCCGCCUCCUGGAACUUUAAUUUCAAAGUUGGAUCAUACUUCUCAACCGGCUGAAGUUGGCAGAAAGGUGCCACCUGAUCAGGUAAAUGCACCUGUAGCUAGUGCUGGUCUCACUGAUGGUGGGGUUCCACCUCAAGCCACUGAACAAUCUAUUCCUCCUGAGUCUUUUGCACUUCCAGACGGCGGUGUUCCUCCACAAUACUCAGCUCCGGCUGCUGGUAUGCCACGGCCUCAAGUCCAGCCUGCUCAAACACAGGUAUCCACGCAGCCUCUUGAUCUUAGUGCUCUUGGAGUUCCAGUCACCACUGAGUCAGGAAAACCUACUCCUCCAGCAUCUGUGCGCCCUGGACAAGUUCCACGUGGGGCUCCAGCUUCCAUAUGUUUUAAGACUGGACUUGCCCAGCUUGAGCUGAAUCAACUUCCAGAUUCAUUAUCCUGUUUUAAUGAAGCUUUUCUGGCAUUAGCUAAAGAUAACUCUCGUGGAGCUGAUAUUAAAGCUCAAGCUACCAUUUGUGCUCAGUACAAGAUAGCAGUAACCCUUCUUCAGGAAAUUUCAAGGUUGCAAAAAUUCCAAGGCCCAAGAGCGCUAAGCGCAAAAGAUGAGAUGGCUAGAUUAUCAAGACAUCUGGGUUCUUUGCCACUUCAGGCAAAGCACCGAAUAAAUUGUAUCCGCACUGCCAUAAAACGAAAUAUGGAUGUUCAGAACUAUGGUUAUGCGAAGCAGAUGCUUGAACUUCUCCUGUCUAAGGCACCUCCAGGUAAGCAAGAGGAAUUGAGGAGCCUUAUUGAUAUUUGUGUUCAGAGGGGUUUAACCAACAAGUCAAUUGAUCCCCUGGAAGAUCCCUCUCAAUUCUGUGGCGCCACACUCAGCCGUCUUUCUACUAUCGGAUAUGAUGUUUGCGAUCUUUGUGGCGCCAAAUUUUCGGCUCUCUCAACUUCCGGAUGCAUUAUCUGUGGUAUGGGAAGCAUUAAAAGGUCAGAUGCGCUAGGAGGGGCAGGCCCCGUACCUUCACCAUUUCGCUGA